UCCAAAAGUACUAAGACACUUUGCAGUUUUUGCAUUUUCAAAAUGGCGUCCACCUUGAUGAGAGUCCUGGGGACUUCUGCAAGCAGGGUUGCAGCCCACAGUCUGAAAGCGAUCUCGUCUCAGAAUGGAGCGUCUGCACUUAAAGUAGCCAGGCUUCUCCCCUGCCCAGCUGCACAGAAAGCCUGCUUUUCUACAAGCAGUGCUCGAUGGGCCCCAGCUGUCACUCAACAUGCACCUCACUUCAAAGGCACUGCUGUUCACAAUGGAGAAUUCAAAGAGAUCAGCCUUGAUGACUAUAAGGGCAAAUACCUGGUCCUUUUCUUUUACCCGCUUGACUUCACAUUUGUGUGUCCGACAGAGAUCAUCUCCUUCAGUGACAAGGCCAGCGAGUUCCAUGAUGUCAACUGUGAAGUGGUGGGCGUAUCUGUAGAUUCUCACUUUACCCACCUGGCAUGGACCAACACUCCCAGAAAGAGUGGAGGGCUUGGUCAAAUCCAUAUCCCUUUGCUAUCAGACCUCAACAAGCAGAUAUCCAGAGACUACGGUGUGCUUCUCGAGGGGCCAGGCAUAGCACUGAGGGGCCUGUUCAUUAUUGAUCCUAAUGGUGUGGUCAAACACAUGAGUGUGAACGACCUGCCUGUGGGUCGCUGUGUGGAGGAGACCCUGCGGCUGGUCAAAGCUUUCCAGUUUGUGGAGACUCAUGGGGAGGUGUGCCCUGCCAGCUGGACCCCAGAGUCCCCCACAAUUAAGCCGACUCCUGAGGGCUCAAAGGAGUACUUUGAGAAGGUCAACUAGAUGACCCUGAAAAAUCAAGUAGAAAAUUCAGAAGCAGAAACAUAGACCAUAGCCGAGCUUUCUGGGAGACAGCACUAUCUGGAUACAUGCAUCUGUCCAUUCAGUUUACAGACAUGAAAACCUGCCGUUGCUCUUUGACAGAAACACAGAUAAAUGAACAGAUCUUCUCUGUGAUAAAAUAGCACUUAAAUGUUUGCUGAAAAUAUUCUUACUGUGGAUUAAUGGAUCAUACUGCUAAGUUUGGCUAGUAAAUGACCAUUGUUAAAAUGAA